AUGAGCGGAUAUCCCGACGAUCACGAGGAUGACCCAACCAGGCCGUACCAAGGCCCGCUUCGGGCUUUCGAAAGAUACAUUUAUCAACGCCAUGAGGUUGAGUCGGCCUUUGGAAACAGCUACGUGGAUCUCCUAGCCAAGUAUAAGGAGAAGUGCAAAGAAUGCGACCGGGAAAAGCGCAAUGCCGUCCUCUGGGAGAAGGAGCAGCGCAUGUCAGAGAGGGAACUGAAUGGCCUUAGGGCGGCUGCGGAAUCUUCUACUUUUGCAUUUGCUAUUAUUGACGGCGACGGGGCUGUCUUCCGGGAAGAUCUUAUCGCUAGGGGAGAAGAGGGAGGCGGGGAGGCAGCCCACGAGCUGCAUAAGGAGCUUAAAAACUACCUCCAAAACGCCCCCAUCUACUCUAAUAUCGACAGCAUUUCAGUCCAGGUUGUUCUGAGCGUUGAGGGGUUAAACAGAGCUCUUCUCACUUCCGGAACCCUUCAGGGACCUGACGUCGGUCUUCUCGCUCGGUUCGGCCGCGGUUUCUGUCGAGCUCAGCCCCUGUUCUCUUUCGUCGAUGUCGGCUAUGGCAAGGAGCAGGCAGACCACAAGGUGCGCAAAAUAUUUGAACUCAUGGCCAAUAAUAUACAAUGCAGAUGCCUCAUUUUGGGUGGUCUACACGACAACGGUUACGCCACCUUUCUCGAGUCUUUCCGUAACAAUUCCAAGAUUUGCCUGCUCGAGACCACUCCAGCAGCCGCCGACUUCAGGAAGCUUUCUUUCAGCCGUAUCAACUUUCCCACCGUCUUCCGCUCCGAGACAUUAUAUUCGCGUCUGACCCUUCCACCCGGCCUCUCACUCCCGACUUCGAUGCCCAUCGUAUCACCUAUCAGUGCCGGGUCUGCUUUUGCGCCGAGCCCGGUCGGCAGUUCUGCGUCUCCCAAGCCGAAUACGCCAACCAGUCUUGCUUCUGCUGUGCAACCUAAACGGGAGCCCGAAAGCGCACCAAACAGCUAUGCCGCGAUCGGACGUGCCGGAAGCACUCCGGGCGUGAUUGACAUUUCGAUCCAAAAGAAGGCGGCCAAUACUCGCGCCUGUUACCAGCUUAACCGGGCCGACGAGCGUGUCGAUGUGCCUCUGCCCCGGCCGGACCCUUCGGUCGUGCGGGCGCUUGACGAGAAGAGGCAGAAAAACGGGGCCAAUUUCUGCAACCGAUAUCACCUCACAGGCUAUUGCAAAGCUGUUAGCUGUGCCUUCCAACACGGGGACCGGCUGAGCCAGGCCGAGCAACUUGCACUGAAACACAAGACCAGGAACCUGGUUUGCGGCUCCUCGCACCAGUGCAGAGACUUUUCGUGCACCCAGGGCCAUCACUGCGUCUCGCCGGGGGCUUGCUACUUUGGGGACACUUGCCGCUUUGCCGAGAUGCACGGCAUGGACAUUACACCCACCCUUAGAGUUUACGAGGAUGGAACUCGAGAGGUGGUUUAG